AUGGGUGAUUAUCUCGGUUUAUCAUGUUUCAUAAAAGAAAGAAAUCGGUGUAUGAUUGAUGAACAAAAAGACAUGGAUAUUGAUGAUAAUCAAGGAAGUCUCAACUACGAUAACCUCGAUAGUGGUUCAGAUAAUCAACAAAAUUCUCCAAUAGAUGAUGAAUAUGUACGCAUAGAACAAGAAGAUGCUAAACUGAAAUUGAAUCAGGUGCUUGAUCGAAAUACUAAACAAAUUGACAAUGCUGUAGACGAGACGUAUUUCAAAUUAAAAGAAUGUAGUAAUAUACUUUUAUCACGUUCUCGUCAUACUAAUGAACCAAGAACAUUGUCUUCACUUGAUCUUUCAAUUGAUGAUGCUAUUGGGAUUCUUGAUCGUCUACGCGAACUUUUCAGCAUUAGUAACAAUAAAGAACAACAACGACUUAUGACUAAGUUACCACCGGAAUGGGACCGAGAUCGAAUUUCUGAUUGGUUACGUGGAUCGCAGCAUCAGGCACGGAAGUCUAUCGAAUUACAAACAACGACUGGAGAUUUUUCGUACCCUGAAGAUCGACGAGGAAAUAAACCACUUGAUAAUCAAAUAGAACUGGCGGUCUAUAACUUUUAUACAUGUGAUGAAAUCAGUUGCGAAACAUCGUACAAACAACAAGUCAUUCAUCCACCACCAUUUAGAACUCCAAUUCCAUUACGUUUUCUUCAUCUAACAAUUGGAAAAACAUUUGAACAAUUUAAAAUGAAAUAUCCAAACAUGGAAAUAGAUAAAUAUAAUAUACACAAUUUAGCUCAUCAUCAUCAAGAUUUUCAGAUCGAAGCAUCAUGGUCAUUCAGCUCGUCAGGACACGGCAAAGGACCAUGUGAUGGUCUUGGUGCUGUGGUGAAAACGACGGCUACACAACAAUUACUCAAAGGUAGACCAAAUGCAUCGUUUUCAACCCCAAAACAAUUUUUUGAACGGUGUCUUGAAAAAAAUGAUCGUAUGGUGGUGGCAAGAUCUCGUCGAAUGGAAGCUUCAAACGGUCCAUCUACUUAUAUGCCCGACCUUAAUAGUCCUAUCGAAGUGCGCUGGCUAUCUGCUGCUAUUAUCAACAAUGAAUUCGAAAAUCGUUUUAGUACUGCGUUGUAA